AUGACCACACCAUCAAACACACCCAUACCUAUAUCCUCAACGACUACCAAGCAAACCAACCAUUCCAAGGCGGCAAUCAUUGGUGGAGCAAUUGGUGGCACGGUCUUCCUCCUCCUCAUCCUUGUUGCAAUCUUCGUCCCUCUCUUCAGACAACGGAGAUCCUGUCUCGACGUUGCAUUGCGCCGACACUCUGAAGCCACCACCACCACCACAAGCAUCCGCAAAGAUUCGAUGCAAGACGAGAAGAUCGUGCAGCAUCAAGAUGCAAAAGGCGAGGGGGACAAAGAGAAAAGGAGAAAAGUGGUGCAAAGGAUGAAGAGGAAAUGUUGGGCUUGGAAGAAAUGCUGA